UUAUCCAAGAUGGCGCUGCGCACGGUUUGUGCUGCUGCGCUGCGAGCCGGGACAGAUUUAGGGGUCAAUAACGCGAGGACUGUCGCUACAACAGCGGCCCUCAGCAAACGGGUGCGUCCUCUGGGUCCCAUGCCCAAUGAGAACAUCGACACAUCGGACCUGGAGUCACUGGAGAAAUACCGCAGCUACAACCGCUACUUCCGACAGGCCGAGGAGGCCAAGAACCAGCGCGUGUGGUGGAAGACCUACAGGAGUUACAUGGAAAAAGCAGAUCCCGAGCACGGUGCCGAACGCGUGGACAUCGGACUGCCGUACUGUCGUCCCAACAGAACCAAAGAGUUGAAGGAGAGGAGGCAGGUAGUGAGAGAAAACAAAAGGAACGUGGAGCUGGAGAGGGCCUCCCGACUUCGUACUUUGAAGAUCUCCUUGGACCGAGUGCAGAAAACCUGGGAGAAGACCGGCGGACCGUUCGACAUUAAGAAGCUGGCCGACCACUACGGGGUCUUCAGGGACCUCUUCCCAAUGGCGUAUUUUCUACCUCAGGUCACCCUCCGCAUCAGCUACAGUCAGGACACUGAUGAACAAGUGCAUUAUGGGAAUAAGCUGACGCCUACAGAAGCAGCGUCGGCCCCCCGGAUCGCCUUUGACGCAGAGGAGGGUUCUCUAUGGACCCUCCUGCUUACCUCUCCAGACGAGCAUCUUCUGGAUAACGAGGCAGAGUACCUCCACUGGCUUGUCGGGAACAUUCCAGGCGGGGCGGUGCAGGCCGGAGAUGAGCUGUGUCACUACCUGCCGCCCUUCCCUGCCAGGGGAACAGGCUUCCACCGCUACAUCUACGUCCUCUUCAAGCAGGAAAAACCCAUCAGCUUCCGGGAAGAUCUCCGCCCGUCGCCAUGCCACUCGCUGGUUGACCGCACCUUUAAGACCGUCGAUUUCUACAGAAAGCAUCAGGACGACAUGACGCCAGCAGGCCUGGCCUUCUUCCAGAGCCAGUGGGACGAAUCGGUUACCAACACCUUCCACAGCACACUCAACAUGAAGGAGCCAGUGUUCGAGUUCAUCAGGCCUCCGGUGUACCACCCUCCACAGGUCAAGUAUCCACACAGGCAGCCGCUGCGCUACCUGGACAGGUACAGAGAUGGGAAGGAGCCCACCUACGGCAUUUACUGAUCAGGAGAAAUGCAUCCGACUGGAAAUCCAGUCUGGAAAGUGUGGAAUCAUCGUCUAAAUAAACCAUUUCUUAACCGUU